AUGAAUGAAAUUAAAGAGAUCAUUGGAAGACUUCAUCAAACAGUUGAUGAAGAAACAAUCAAAGAACUUCGAAUACAUAUUGAAAGUAUUGAUAUUAAACAAACUGAUGAAAAUACACUCAAAGAACUUCGACAAGAAGGAAAUGAACUAUGGAAUUUUGUAGUUAGAAAACAGUGUGAUAUAACUAAACAAAGUGAAAUGAGAGAAUUAGCAUGUUUAUUAGUAGAGAAAUAUCAAGUAGAAAAUGACUUUACACUCAUUAAAAUGAUUGGGAAAACAGCGAAAUGUAAAGAAGAGAAAGGAGAAAUUGAGAAAUCAAAGAAGAUGUAUAGAAAAGCAAUUGAUAAAUACAAUGAAACAGAACGAACUAUUAACACGAAUACACAACAAAUAGAAAGAAAAAGAUGUGGAAAAUAUUUAUUUACAUUAGGAAUGAUUUCAUCAUGGAAUAAUGGAGAAAUUGAAACAGCAUGGAUAUAUUAUCAUAAACUCAAAGAGAUUAUUGAAAGUUUAGAUGAAAGUAAUGAAGAAAUUAAAACAAUGAUAUUUAAGAAAGCAAAAGAAUUAUUUGAAAUAGGAGCAUAUCAAGGAACAAUUGAUUGGAUGAAAGAAUAUCUUAUGAUGAAAGGAAAUAAGAAAGAACAUAAUAGUGAAGCAUUUUCAAUUAUUAGUAGAAGUUAUCUUGAACUUGGAAUGAAUGAAGAAGCAAUGAAGACUAUUGAGAAAAGUAUUGAAGAAGAAAGUAAUGAAGAAAAUGAGAUAAUUAGACUUAAAUGUAUGAUUAAAACAAGAGAAGAUGAUGAAAUUAUUCAAGUAUUCAAAAGAAAUAUUACAAUGGGAAAUAUUAGUAAUGAUGGAAAAAUAAAAAUGUGCGAUAUUAUUGAAGAGAAAGGAAUGAGUGAAAUAAUAAUGUUUGGGUAUGAAAGUAUUAUGACAAGCAUAAUGAGAAAAGAAAACAUAGAAACAAGAACAUAUUACAAAGUCAACAAAAAGUAUAUUGAAUUCUUAUUUAAAAUGAAAAGAAUUAAUAUGGUAACAGCACAAAAUGUUAUUGAUAAUCUAAUAGAUAGUAUCCAAAACAAUAAAAUUGAAAUUAUAGAGAAAGAAAUUUAUUCAAUUAUAUCUAUUAUAUGGGAAAGAGGAAUCAAUGAUUGUUUAAAUAAGAAUGAACGAACAGGAAAAGAAUGGUUUAAGAAAGUAAGAGAGAUUAUGGAAAUUAGUCGAUGUAAUGAUGAAAUUGGAGAAAUAAAUAAAAAUAUCAGUAUUUGUGAAUAUCAAAUGAAUAAUUAUCAUGAAGCAAUGAAAAGGGCACAAGAAGCAAUAGAAAGUGGAUGUAAUGAUCUUCAAGCUGAUUUUAUUUUAUUUUCAUCAUAUAUUCAUUUACAUAUGAAAAAUGAAGGAAAAGAUGUUAUUGAGAAAGCAAUUAAUAAGAAUAGUUCAAAUCAACAUAAAAUUGAAUUUCUUGAAACAUGUUGUACUAUUUGUGAAGAAAUGAAAGAAAAAGAAAUAGAAGAUGAAUGUUUGAGAAAACUAUUUGAAUGUCUUCCAGGAGAAAGUAUGAAAGGAACAGGAAUUAUUGUAUUUCGACAAAUAAUGAAGAACAGAUGUGAAGUUGAUAUCAUUAAAAGAUUCAUUAAAAUGGUCAAAGAGAAUAAAGAAGAAGUCAUUGGAGAUGAAAAAGCAGAAAUAGAAUGGUGUUUAGCAUAUUUAAAUAAUAGAAGUAAAGAAAGUUAUAGUAGAAAAUUACAUGAAGAAUGUUUAUAUUGUUGUUAUUUAUAUGAUAUUCUAAGUAAAACUAAUAAAGAAUAUGAAGAAAUGUAUGAGAAUCGAAUAAUGAUUUGUUUAUUGGGUGCAUCAAGUGGAGUAGAAGGAAUAGGAAAAGAUGUGAUUAAUGAAGUAGAAGAAAUGAAAGAAGAAGCAAAAAAGUGUCUUGAAGAAAUAAGAAGAAAAGGAAUUAACACAACAAAUUCAAUUGAAAAACUUGAAACAACAAUAAUCACAGUUGAAGUGAAAAUAUGUAUUAUCAAAGAAGAAGGAAUAGAUGAAGCAAUUACAAAAUUACUUAGAACAGGAACAAAUAGUUCAGUACUUGAAAUGGUUGGGAUGAGUUGUAUUGAAAAUGGAUAUAAAACAUAUGGAAUCAAAUGUUUAAAGAGUGGUAUGUCAAUGAUAUGUAAAAGAAAUGAAGUUGAUGGAGUUAGAUUAUCACGAAUUAUUCGAGAAAUAAUAAAUGAAAGUGAGGAUGAAGAAAUACUUGAUAUGAUAGAUAAAGCAAUAACAAUGAUUAAAAGCACAGAUGGAAUAUACCCGAAAAAAGAAAUUGAGUGGUUAAUGGGAAUUAGUUGGAAUAAAGGAAAUAAAAGUAGAUAUAAACAAGAUAAUAGAAGAGCAAAAGAAUGGUAUAAUAAAGCAAUAACAUUAAGUGAAAAUAUAGAAAGAAGAGAUGAGAUUAUAGAAAAGAUGAAUAAAGAAUAUCAAAUAUUCAUAAAUGAAAUAAAUAAAUGA